CUCAUUUGUUUGUUUUUGUUGACGAUUAAAGAAAAUGGAAUUUAUGUCUGUGUGCGUGUGAUUACAUCGUAGCUAUGCAAAGACGAAACGUAUCAUCAUGGUGCGUGAAUUGAUUUAACCGAAAGGAACCAACAAUCGAUCUUCCCCUUUGUCGACAAGGUUUGACAAGAGAUUAACAGCCUAAAUCACAGAGAUACUCUGGUUUGAGAGACGAUGGGUCGGCUGGAUGAUGCGGCCAAACACAAAGUGGUGGAGCUGCGGAAAGCUGGUCUGAGUUUCCGUAAGAUCAAAGCUGUGCUAGAGCUGGAGAACAUCAAGGUAUCUGCCCAGGCCAUCUACCUGUUCCUGAGGGAGGUCCAAGGGAGGCCGCCAGGGAGGGUCAGGCCCGUGGAGGCUGGAAGUAGCACAGCAACAUCACAAGUGCAAGCUCGAGCCGGGGCAAUACAAGACAGCUGGAGUAACAUUCAUCUCCAAAACCUGCUACGGGAGGGAUCUCACCAUGCUGGCUUUACAGCAGCUGCAGACUUUGCCAAACAAACUUCCACUAAUUCAGAGUCUGGUUCAAAGCAAUCUGGGUAUGGGGAGACCAGUGGAGGCAGCAGGCCAGAACAGCAACAUGAGGGAGAUAAAGAAGAAAAUGACAUUCAGAUUGUUAGCGUCACCUCCCUUGCGCAAAACAGCCAACAAAGAUGUCUUCAGUCCACUGUAACAAGGGCAGAGACAGGCGCUUUGUCUUCCACGCCAGUUGCUUCUGGAGCAUUCACAAGGAGGAGAGUCACACCUUCUCCAGCAACCAAUUCGAUGUUGGCAGCUCGAAAGAGGCUUUUGGAUAAAGCACUGUCACACAGGCUGAAGUCAUUCAAUCAGAUAGCAUCAUUGAUGAGGAGAGAUCACUCAAGUGUCCAGGGUUCGGAUUUGAGAAGUGCAGUCCCUCAGCCGUCUGAAACCUAUGAUCUGACCACUGAAAAGACUGUUAUGGAGACUCAGCCUGCAGGAGGCAGUGCUCCCAGGCGUUUCCUGACACAGAGACCGGGUCUGUCUGUCCGCUCCCCUCACCCUCCUCCUCGGGUUGGGAUUCGUCUUCCUACUCGGCCACCAGCGCCUUUAACAUCUUCAGCUCCUGGGGGUGCGGUCAUCCGUCUACAGACCCCUGGAGGCCAGGGUACUACUCGUAAUGAAAGGAACCCGAGCCCCCAGCAGGCAGCCCAAGACGCCGGAUGGAGAGGUGCCCUGCAGGAUCAGAUUCAGACCCUGGGUUCUGAGGUUCGCAGCUUGGGUCUGGCAGUGAAGAUGCUGGUGGAGCAGCAGUGCCGCCUGGAGAGGGAGCAGUCGCAGCAGACCCACAUUCAGAAGCAGAUCCUCAGCACCCUACAGAGCCUCGCCUCCAAACUGGGACACUGUAGCACUUCUCAACAACAGCACAACAGAACUCCAUCACCUUCUGCUUUGCCAACAGCUUCUGUAUCUACCUCCUUCAGCCAAGACUCAUUCAGCUUUAGUCAAGGCACGUACACUCAGUGCAGCCAAACCCAGCCAAGCUACAACUCUUUAGAGAGUUUAGAAAAUGUAGAAGCCUUUAAACUGCCAGGACUGAGCCCUACAAGCAUGAAUGGGUUUCCACCAUGUAGCAAUGCUGAGAACCUCCCACUUAAUCACACUCCCCCUCAAACGCAAUCAUAUGCAGCUCCAUACGCACAACAAACCAGUCAAACACUCAUGCCACCCUACACGCAAUCCUACGUGUCGACAUACAGCCAGUCACAUUCUCAGAGUUUCAGAAUAUCAGAGAGCAAAUCAUCUGAUUUCCCAAGCAGCUGUUCCGCAAGGUCUCUCCAGGACUGCAGUGUGUCCACCCAGCCGGUGAUGAACUCUAACCACUCCACAGAGGAUCAACAAAUCAGUAUUAUCAAAGUGGAAGGACCGUAGAGGUCUUCAGAUUCCAGAAGGGUUUGGGACUAUAAGGGCUUGGAUGCUUUUUUUUGUCACUUUAGUAUAGUUACUGAAGACAUUUUAACAUAUGCUGUAGCAUUUUUUAAGCUGAUUUAUUUCCAAAGUACAUUUUAAAAGAUUACAAACGGCAAUAGAGUCACAGGAUCACAAUGCUUUAGUAAAAUGUGGUGAUUUGUGAUUUGUCUUUACUGUAGGCAAUGAACACAGAUGAAAUGAUAAAUGAUGUACCCUAAUGGUACUUUGCCUUUUUUUCUUUUUUUUUUUUUUUGUCUAUUUUUAUCAACUUAUUUUGUAUCACUAGAACUGGCAUUACAAACUGUUACUUUUCAUACCUCUGUUCUAAAUGA